GUAGAAUACAUAUUAUGGGCUAACGGUGUCCAUCUACCCCACAAUAAUGUAUUUUAUAUUUUAACCAGGCAUUAUAUAAAUUGAUAGGGAAUUAGCUUAGGUAUAAAAUGAUUGACUUUGACAUCAUAUUGAAACAUAUUGGGGGUUUGGGAAGAUUUCAAAUCAUCUUAAUUUUCCUGGUUGGUUAUUACAGUAUACCAGCUGGGAUUAACUCGUUGGCACCGGUAUUCAUAAACUACACACCAGCUUUCAGGUGUUCCGUUCCACAAUUCGAUACCAACCCAUAUUAUACAAACCUUACUGAAAACGAAAUAUUGAACCUGACGACUCCUUUGGAUAAGAAUGGAGAAUACGACACGUGUUACAGAUACGACUACAACGCAAGUUACUGCAUAGAGGGGAGUCUCGACUGUGUGAAUAAAUCUGCUGCUAAGAUCCCAUGCGACCAAGGUUACCAUUAUGAUAGAUCUAUCUUCCCUGAAACCGUAAUCACUGAGUUUGACCUCGUAUGCGACAACAAGUAUCUUGAUGCGCUUGCUACUUCGCUUUAUAUGAUCGGUGUUUUGCUGGGAUCGCUUAUUUUUGGAAAUAUUUCAGACAGAUUCGGUCGCAAGAUAACUAUGAUAGUAACUUCCGUUCUUUGCUUUGCUGGACUACUUGGUUGCGCAUUCGUUCACAACUUUACUUUAUUCGUUGUUUCACGAGUUUUCGUUGCUUUUUUCGGCUUCGGGACAUUUAUCAGUAACUUCGUAUAUUUGCUUGAAAUCACAAGUAACAAAUGGCGAACACUACUCGGUGUGAGUUUCCAACUUGGGUUCGCAAUCGGGUACAUGAUAUUAUCAGGUGUUGCUUAUCAAUGGAGUAAUUGGCAUGAUAUGGAGAUAGCAAUGUCCAUCGUAAGCGUUCCUUACGCUUUAUUUCUCUUCUUUAUUCCGGAAUCUCCGAGGUGGCUUUUCUCUAACGGGAGGGAAGAAGAAGCUAAGAAGAUUACACGACGGUUUGCUAAAUACAACAAAGUAACUCUGGAUGAACCAGAUAUCUGGAACGAAGCCGACACCGAUACGUCACAGAAAUCCGGAAACGAGACAGCAAAGGCCACUUAUUCUUCAAUUGAUCUGUUCAGAACACCAGCCAUACGAUGGGUGACGUUCAAACUUAUAUUAAGCUGGUUCGUGAACAGUAUGGUGUACUAUGGGAUAUCUUUGAACGCAGGAGCUUUGGCAGGAGACAUCUUCGUAAACAACGCGCUAAACGGCGUGAUGGAGAUAGCAGCUUAUGUGAUCGUGAUUGCUUUCAUGGAUAUCACGGGGAGAAGGUUCAUGUUGACCGCCAUGUUGGUUUUGGCAUCAGCUUCACUUAUAUGCAGCACUAUUGUGAACGAAUAUGCAUACGAGGAUCAAGGUCUCAUUACCUUGGGAGUAGUUUUUGCAUUCGCCGCUAAAGUUGGGAUUUCUGGUUCAUACGCUGUGGUCUAUAAUUUCACCUCUGAACUUUACCCUACUGUAGUCAGAACAAACGGGGUCGGAGUUGGAUCCACCUUCGCCAGGUUCGGUAGCAUCCUUGCUCCGUUCAUUCUUGCGCUACAAGCAUAUCUAAAAUGGCUCCCUAAUGUUAUAUUCGGUGUGGCUGCCGCAGCUGCUGCCCUGUUAUCUUAUACGCUACCUGAAACCAAAGGAAUAGAUAUGAUGGAAACAAUUGAAGAGGCGGAGAGGUUUUACAAUGGAAAAACAAUAAAGAAUCAACUUGUUUUAACGGAAAAGAACGACGUGGGGUACGAAUAUACGAACGGCCAGUUUGACCACAAAGAGUCAAUUGCGAAACUUUAGAUAUCUGGGUAAAGUCUUUCGGGAAGAAGUAAACAAGAAGCAAACCCAAAAAACAGCCAUUUUAAUUUUUUUAUCAAGAAUCGUCGUUUAUCUGAUAUACACUAACUAAAUAUAUAUGAUUUGUAAUACUCGUUGAAUUGACAUUAAAAUGUACUGAACGUUCUCCAAUGCUGUCUCAAAUCAUAUCCUAUAUUGGAAUACGGUUUGCAACAAUACAGUAAAAUCAUCACCCACCAGUCUUACAUGUGUUGAAAAACGAUUACUGGUCAAACUACAUGCGAUGCAACGCAAGGAAACUUGGGCAACGCGCUAAAUUAGAAGCAGAGAAAAUGGAUAUAGGUUUGUAGAUUGCAAAGUGUCGGGCAUACUGCGUAAAUUAAAUAUAAGCUGUGUCCAACGAUUGAUGUUUCUACAAUUGCGGACAAGUUUGUAUUUAUUGAUGGCUAGAAUACACUGCUAAAUUUCAGUGGUCGCUUAUUUAUUUUCGUAGUGACUAAGUGGGCUUUCUGGCUGCCGUUUCUCCACCACACGAGAAAAAAAUAUUUACAGAAAAAUACUUUUAAGUAAACACUCACUAACAGAGAUUUCGUGAUCCCAUCUUGAAAAGAAAAAUUUUAUUUCAGGUACAUGAAAAAUACAAGAACAAAACUCGCUUUUAGUUUUCCAAUGACGUCAUUAGCAUAACAGUUUUCUUUUCUUAAUGACGUCAUAUCCACAAAAGUUGCAUCACAUUGUAGAAUUAUUCGCAACAAAUUGAUGAAAGGAAAUAAAUGACAAUAUAAACAACAAAUGUCUUCCGCAAACAAAGGGUACUGGGAUCAAGGACCACACUCGGCACUCCAAUCACCGUAAAGGCUUCUGUAGUAGUUUGUAUAUUAUGAAACCACCUCUUGAUCAUUAGUAAUAAGUUUCCCCACAAAACUUAUUUCAAAGAAUGACUGUAUACGUCACAGUCGUCAAGUAAUCGAGCAGUAAAUACCCCAUCGAUUACCACUACAUAUUGACGACAUACCGAAUUUCAAACUGCUUCUUCAGGCGAUUAAUUAACAUUCACCAUUAACUUCCUUACGUGCCCACUUCCCCUUUAAACCCUCGUCCAAACACACUUGUGUUAAAUUUAAAAUUUUGAUUUCUUCACCUUCGGCAGUGAGCAGCACAAUAAAUACGUCAUAUGACACACAAGCGAUAAUAUGACGUCACAGUG